CCGCUCCCAAAUCUCAGAAAGGCGUCGGUGGGGAGCGGCGGCGGGGGUGGCCGCCGGAACUCCGUGCGUUCCCUGAACGGCAUCGCCAAUGGCAACGACCUGGACAUGAUGAACACCCGCCUGGGGUCGGUAGUCCGGCGGCAGAACCCCUCACAGACCGACAUCGGCCUUCAGAUUGGGGAGUGGCUUGCCAGGGCCAAGAUGCAGUGGAUGACCAAGCUGCGCGGCAAGUCGCUGGACUUGAAGGAGCAGGAGGUGGACACGCUCGCGUCAAUCAUCCGCAUGUACCGCGGAAUCCAGGAGGAGGAAGUCCCGGACCACGAGAAAGUCUUGCCGGAUCGUGGUUGGUUCGAGAUCAUGAUGGGCAUCGUGGUGAUGGGCAACAUGAUUGUGAUUGGCCUCGAGCUCGAGGCCGAAGGCCUUGCAACGAACGACCGCGACGUCGUCUGGAUUGUCGCGGAGGCCGUGUUCUGCUUCGCGUUCGUGUCAGAGGAAAUCCUUGGCAAGGGGGUCUGGCGGAUCUAUAUUGUCAUUGCGUUCUGCGUGUUUCUGGACUGCGCCAUCUUUCACCCCCUCGGGAUCUACAGCUACCUGCGAAUGGUAUCACUUCUUCGCGUCUUAGGGCUCAUCGGCCUCCGGCGGACGUUUGCCCAGCUCCACAUGCUGGAGGAGUUGAGCGGGGUUCUAGAUGGUCUGAUGACCACGGCCGGGGCGAUAUUUUGGGUGUUGGUGUUGUGUUUCUUCUUUCUCUACAUGUCCUCCGUGUUUGUAACCGAGCAAAUCGGUCACAAUUUGGACUACGUGGAUUAUCGCAAGAUCAGCGGCGGCUGGGAUAACGAGGAGCUCUUCGGGACCAUUGGCCGCAGCAUGUUCACUCUGCUGCAGAUGAUGACUCUCGACAGCUGGUCCAGUCAGGUCGCACGGCACGUGAUCAACAUGCAAUGGGAGAUGGGCAUCGAGGUGCUUGCGGCAAGUUCCGCCACCGUGCUGGCGCCCAGGGCGGCCGCCAAGAACGACAGAAAGGCCAGGGCGCGACUGGACAGCACGAGGAAGCAGGAGCUGGACAGCAUCAAGGAAGUGUUCGUGCUGUCGGACCGGGACGGCAGCGGAGAGGUGGACCUCCACGAGUUUCUGGAGGCCGUGAAGAACCCAGAGGCCCGGGCGGUCCGCCAGGGAGGGCUCCCCGACCGCAGCGGGCUCGGCACCGCGGGAUCCGCCAGCAGCGACAGUCACCAGCUCCCGCUGCGACGCGCGCCUCACCAGGUGCAGUGGCGCAUGAGGGCUCUGGGCCUGCCGCUGAUGGGCGCGGCCAAGCUGUUCGCGGUGAUCGACGGGGACGGCUCGCGCACCCUGACCAUUACGGAGUUCAUCAACGGCUGCAAGAAGCUCAAGGGCACGGCACAGAGCAAGGACCUCCUCGUGAUCCAGGCCCAGGCGGACAUCCUUUCCACCAAGAUGGAGGGCCUCGGAAGGUCCCUGGAGGACAGCGCCCGGAUGAUGACCAUCCUCGAUGCGAUCACCUCGCGCACCGACCUCCGCUUCGCGUCCUCCGUAGAGGGGGCCCGGCGGAGGCAGGCGAGCAACGCUAGCGGCAUGAAGCCCAUGAAGCCAAUAGAGAAGACAAAGAGCAGCACCACGAGGCAGAAGAUGACCAUGGGCAAUUGCCCAGCGCUCCCGCUGUUCCCCGACCUGCUCCGCUGA